AUGAUACGCCGUCUCUGUCGCCGUGUCUACACGCGAGACGUGGUCAUGGGUUUUAUAAUCAAGCUGCUGGUGGUAGCCGUUGUCGGCGUAGGAGCCUGGUACGCAUGGAAGGGGUGCUGCCAAAAGCCAAUUCCACAUUUUGACCCCGAAGAAUAUUGGGGUCCCAAAGAACUGGCUUCCAAACAAGACAAAAGCAUUAGGCCAUUCACAAUCAAGUUUGAUGAGGAGAUGAUAAAAGACCUGAAAUACCGUCUCAAAAAUUCUCGGUCCUUCACACGUCCCCUCGAAUCUACUGGCUUCGAGUACGGCUUCAACACCGACCAGAUGAGCUCCUGGCUAAAUUACUGGGCCGACAAAUAUAACUUUAGUGAAAGAGAGAAGUUCUUGAACCAAUUCCCGCAAUUCAAGACAAACAUUCAAGGACUUGAUAUUCAUUUCAUCAGAGUGAAACCACAGGUACCCAAAGAUAUCCAAGUGGUUCCUUUACUCCUAAUGCACGGAUGGCCAGGGUCUGUUCGUGAGUUCUAUGAAGCCAUACCUCUAUUGACAAAGCAGACUCCAGGAUAUAACUUCGUUUUUGAAGUUAUUGUUCCAAGUAUACCAGGCUAUGGAUUCUCUGACCCGGCAGUUCGUCCAGGUCUUAGUUUACCACACGUGGCAGUGAUAUUCAGAAACCUGAUGAACCGACUUGGAUACAAGAAGUUUUACGUUCAAGGUGGAGACUGGGGUGCAGCAAUAGCCGCGACCAUGUCCACUUUAUUCCCUGAAGACAUCCUUGGACAUCAUUCAAACAUGCUUAUGUCUAUGCAUACCUGUUCAGUUGUGAGAAUCUUACUCGGUGGAUUCUUCCCAUCACUCGUCGUAGAAAGUCACCUGGCUGAGAGAAUGUAUCCACUGUCCACCUUCUUCGCUACAGUCUUGGAAGAAUUUGGUUACAUGCAUUUGCAGGCCACCAAACCAGAUACCAUUGGGGUCUCCUUAACCGAUUCUCCAGCUGGACUACUCGCUUACAUCCUGGAAAAGUUUUCCACUUGGACGAAAAAAGAAUAUAAGUCACAGCCUGAUGGUGGACUGAGUUCUAAAUUUUCAAAAGACCAGCUGAUUGAUAACUUGAUGAUCUAUUGGUCUACUAAGAGCAUAACGACAUCCAUGAGGUUCUAUGCUGAAAAUUUCUCACGCAAGAUGCAGGAGUAUGGUUUGGAUCAAAUUCCAACGGCAGUACCAACCUGGGGGCUUCAAGCACACAAUGAAAUCAUGUAUCAACCUGAAGGAAUCCUGAAGAUGAAGUUCACUAACAUUAUUAAUUUAACAGUCUUGGACGACGGGGGCCACUUUUUAGCUUUUGAAAUGCCUCAGGUCUUCUCUCAAGAUGUGUUCAAAGCAGUCAAAGCCUUCAGAGACAAGAUGGCUCGUCUAUUAUUCCUGAUAUCGAUGGUAGCUCUAGUACUAAAGAUAGCAAUGGUAGUGUAUCUUCUGUUUCUGAAAUCACCUCCGCCUAUACCUGAGCUGGACCAGAACGAGUGGUGGGGGCCGGGCAGUAGACCAGAGAAGCAAGAUAUUACUGUUAAACCAUUCAAAAUUAAAUUUGAUGAUGAGGUAAUAGCAGACCUAAAAACCAGACUGAAGAGUUCUGCUGCAUUUGUCCCUCCACUUAAAGAUGUAGGUUUUGAAUAUGGGUUCAACAGCCAAUACAUUGGCAGUUGGCUGAAAUACUGGGCCGAGAAGUACAAUUUUAAGGAAAGGGAAAAUUUCCUAAACAAGUACCCACAUUUCAAGACUAAUAUUCAAGGUCUUGAUAUUCAUUUUAUCAGGGUGACUCCAAAAGUACCAAAAGGUGUUGAAACUGUGCCUCUGUUACUUCUUCACGGCUGGCCAGGAUCUGUAAGGGAAUUCUACGAAGCCAUACCGCUCCUCACAGCUGUUAGCCAAGAGAGGAACUUCGCUAUUGAAGUCAUUGCUCCCAGUCUGCCAGGAUAUGGUUUUUCUGACGGCGCAGUCCGGCCUGGACUCGGAGCUCCACAAAUUGCAGUAAUCUUCAAGAACCUGAUGAAUAGGCUGGGCUUUAAACAGUUCUAUAUACAAGGUGGAGACUGGGGAGCACUAAUUAGCAGCAAUAUGGUUACACUGUAUCCGAAGGAUAUAUUAGGCUUCCACACAAAUCUGGCUAUGACAAUGACCACCACUGGCUCUCUGUUAGAAUUUAUUGGCGCUUUGUACCCUCCAUUGAUAGUCGACGCAGAUCUUGCUGAUAGAAUGUAUCCUCUGAAGAAGAAAUACUCUGAGUUGCUAGAGGAGACCGGCUACAUGCACCUGCAGGCUUCUAAACCUGACACUGUCGGUGUUGCUCUGACCGAUUCUCCAGCUGGACUCUUAGCAUACAUUUUGGAGAAAUUUUCGACCUGGACUCGCCCAGACCACAAAAAUAAACCAGACGGUGGUUUGGAUUUCCGCUUUAGUAAGGAACAACUGAUUGACAAUUUAAUGAUGUACUGGGUCCCCAAGAGUAUAACUACAUCUAUGAGACUGUACGCUGAGAACUUCAAUUCCAAGAUUAUGGGUUUAAAAUUAGAUGAGAUCCCUACACCAGUUCCAACCUGGGCACUUCAAGCCAAGUAUGAGUUAGCUUACCAGCCGCCCUGCAUCUUAAAGAUGAAGUUCACCAACCUGGUCGACGUUAGUGUGAUCGAUGAUGGAGGGCAUUUCUUUGCAUUUGAACUGCCUGAAAUUUUCGCCAAGGAUGUUAUAAAGGCUAUUGGGGAGUUUAGAAAAAGAAGUAAAAACGUCAAGAGUGAGUUGUAG